UUCCAGGUGGGCUGUCAUUCUAAUUUCAAGAUGUCUCAAUGACAACUUUAUUUCGAACUAUAGUACGAGAAUUGGAGUAUUUUUAUGGGAAGAUAAGAUUUGACUCAAAUUGCAGAACUACACAUUUGCAGAUUAUCCCUUGCCACAGAUACAAGAAAUGUCCUGUCUUUUCUGCAGACCGGUAUCUGUUCCUUGUUAGAGCUGGCAUAACUGGUUAUUCCAUUGCAUCGCCAAGUGAUUCACUUUUACUGUUUUGGAGACUGUAUUGUACUAAAAAGACUGGUAUGGCUGAGCAACGAUACUGUGUGGAUUAUGCCAAGCAAGGUAGGGCGGGCUGUAAGAAGUGCAAAGACAAAAUUAUGAAGGGAGUGGUGCGGAUUGGGAAGGUGGUGCCAAAUCCAUUCUCUGAGUCAUCUGGUGAAAUGAAAGAGUGGUACCAUGUGAAGUGCAUCUUUGAAAAACUUGAGCGAGCACGCGCCACCACAAAGAAAAUUGAAGACAUUACUGACCUGGAGGGGUGGGAGCAACUUCAGGAUGCAGAGAAAGAGCUCAUAAACCAGCAUAUUACAGCCCUUGCAGAUAAGGCCAAUCAUUGUCUACAAAAAGGAUUGCAAAAACAUCUCGCUCAGCUGUCCCAUCUGGUUCCCAGAUUCUUUUCCCAUUUAUCAGCUAAAUCGCAGGUGUCUGAUGAUGCUCCAUCCACCUCUACCAGUGGAUUGUCUGCACAGCUGUGUGACCCAAAGCACAAGGAUUGUACUUUGCGUGAGUUCCGUAAGCUUUGUGGUAUGGUCGCAGACAAGCCAAGCUACACUGUAAAAACUAAGAUUUUUCAUGAUUUUCUUACUAAGGGAACAGAAGGAGAUGGUUUCCGUGGUGAUUUGUUUCUGACCGUGAAGCUUCUGAUGCCGGGUGUUGUUAAGGCUGUUUACAACCUGAAUGAUAAGCAGAUCUUAAAGCUUUUCAGUCGGAUAUUUAACUGCAGCCAGGAGGAUAUGGUCAGAGACUUGGAACAGGGUGAUGUCUCUGAGACUGUGCGAAUAUUUUUUGAAGAUAGUAAAUCUUUUCCACCAGCUGGGAAAAGCACUUUAACAAUCCAAGAGGUAGACUCCUUUUUAGCACGACUGUCAAAACUGACCAAGGAAGAAGACCAGCUGCAGGAACUGCAGAGUAUUGCUCGGAGAUGUACAUCCAAUGACUUGAAGUGCAUUAUCCGGUUGAUAAAGCAUGACUUGAAAAUGAAUGCUGGAGCCAAACAUGUGCUGGAUGCCCUAGACCCUAAUGCCUAUGACGCGUUUAAAGCUUCCCGAAACCUGCAUAAUGUGGUGGAGCGAAUCCUGAAAAACAGGGAGGAAGCAGAGGAUGUUCCAGGCAUGCAGAGAACCCUCAGUGUGAAGGCUAAUUUGAUGACUCCAGUGCAGCCUAUGCUGGCUGAGGCCUGCAAGUCCAUUGAGCAUGCCAUGAAAAAAUGUCCCAAUGGCAUGUAUGCAGAGAUUAAAUAUGAUGGUGAACGGGUGCAGGUUCAUAAGAGUGGAGAACAUUUCAGCUACUUCAGCCGCAGUCUUAAACCUGUUCUUCCACAUAAAGUGGCUCAUUUCAAGGAGUACAUUCCCAAGGCAUUCCCAGGUGGGCACAGCAUAAUCCUGGAUUCAGAGGUGCUUCUGAUUGACACCAACACUAGCAAGCCCCUCCCAUUUGGGACACUCGGAGUGCAUAAGAAAGCUGCCUUUCAGGAUGCCAAUGUCUGCCUUUUCGUUUUUGACUGCAUUUACUUCAAUGGAGUCAGUUUAAUGGACAGGCCAUUGUCAGAACGGCGCAAGUUUCUUCAUGAUAACAUGGUAGAAAUUCCCAACAGAAUUCUUUUCUCAGAGAUGAAGCAAAUCAGGAAAGCAUCUGAUCUGGCUGACAUGAUAACUCGUGUGAUCAAGGAGGGGUUAGAAGGCCUAGUGUUGAAGGAUGUGAAGAGUAUUUAUGAACCGGGAAAGCGCCAUUGGUUAAAAGUGAAGAAGGAUUACCUCAAUGAAGGGGCCAUGGCUGACACUGCUGACUUGGUGGUACUGGGAGCUUUUUAUGGAUCAGGAAAUAAAGGAGGCAUGAUGUCCAUCUUUCUGAUGGGUUGCUAUGACCCUGACUCGAAAAAGUGGUGCACAGUGACUAAAUGUUCUGGUGGUCAUGAUGAUGCUACAUUAGCACGACUUCAGAAUGAACUGGAUAUGGAGAAAAUAAGCAAGGAACCCAGUAAAAUCCCAGGAUGGUUGAAGAUCAACAAAAACUAUUAUCCCGACUUCAUUGUUCGUGAUCCAAAGAAAGCACCAGUGUGGGAGAUCACAGGAGCAGAAUUUUCAAAGGCUGAGGCUCACACUGCUGAUGGCAUCUCUAUCCGCUUUCCUAGAUGCACCCGUAUCCGUGAUGAUAAGGACUGGAAAACAGCAACAGAUCUGCAUCAACUCAAGGAGCUGUUCCAACUUUCCAAAGAGAGAAGUGAUUUUGAACUAACUGCUGGAUCCUCAAAGGUAGAGACUGAGUCAUCUGGAGGAAGUGGUAGUGAGCGGUCUUCUAAGGCAAAGAAACCCGAGAGUCCAAAAGGGGAAAGUCUCCAUCAUGGAAAGUCACCUGGAAAAGGUGUGAAAAGGACAUCCUCUUCACCAGUGAAACAUGGAGGGAAAAUGAUGAAGUCUCCAGUGCUCAUUUCCAGCAAUGGGCAGAGCAGGGGCCAUUCCACAGUGACACCUGACAAUAAGACACUGUUGGACAUAUUUACAGGAGUAAAACUAUACCUACCUCAGUCACUGGAUGAUUUCAGCAGAAUACGGCGUUAUUUUAUUGCCUACGAUGGUGAAAUUGUCCCAGAGUUUGAUCCGUCUACAGCAACCCAUGUUGUGGGUGAUGUUGAGGACAACACGCAUGCUACUCGUGUGUCUUCUGACUGGAUUUGGAAAUGCAUUAAACAACGCAGGCUUGUGCCUCCAUGUUGACAGCACUAACAGUUGAACCUUUGCGGGCAUGCUGAAGUGAGAGUUGGCAGCUUUAGGUGCCUCUCCAUUUUAAGCAGAAUAUUCACUAGCCAAAUGAUCAGCUGCAGUCUCUCAGGAAUUUAGCAGAUGAAAAAAAUGAACAUUUUUUCAUCCAUAUUGGUUACAUAUUGUUGUCCAGCAGCCUGUCUGCUAUUUACUUUUUAUAGUAAAAACUGUUGACUGCUCUUUCCAUUUCACAGCACACCAUUUUUCUUGUUGAUUACAUCAAAAAAAAUUAAGCUGUUUCACAUGCAGAUAGGUAGGUUUUCCUGCCCUAGAAGAUCCUAAUCGGGACCCCACUGUUGUCUUUCCUAGGGGAAGUACAGAAGAUAACCUCCAUAUCCAGCUCUGGUAAUGAAGAAAUGGUCCACAGAUAACAGGUGUCAUUAGUGUCAAGGCCAGUGUGUGGAAUGUGUGGCUUGUUUUCUCAUUAGCUGUCACUUACCCAGAAAAAAUGACCACUGAAGUGCCUUUCUCAUAAAAUGAAGAAUAUACAGAUUUUUGUCCUGAUGUAAAGUUCAGCCUGGGCUACGUACUGCAGUUCAUGAUGUUCGGCUACUGUUUACUGUUGCAUUACAGACUUUCAGGAUUCCUGCCUUCAGAAGCAUGCCAGCCAGCUUGACUUCCAAAACUCUUUAUCCUCCCUUUCUUGAUGUGUACAUCAGGAUGUCAGUGGUUUUUAAUAGAGUUUGCUCAAUGCAAUCUUCUAAUCUUUCUUGCUACAAUUCAGGGAUCUGCUGAAGCCUUCAGUUGUGUUAUCAGUCUGUCAGUUCAUCCUCUUUCCAGAGUUUCAAAUUAGUACCAAAUUGGAAAAAAAAGAUCCCUUUUUCGUUUUGUGGUUUGAAUCUUUCCAGAGUGAACACAUUUCUUAAAGUUAUUGACAGCUGUAAACAUGUCUGCCUCUGAAGUUAAUAAUAGUAUUAACUGUAGGAAACAGGUCCCCAAAUAAGACAUCCACAUAUUGUCCCUGUAUUGACUGAAACUGGAAUAUGACAUGUCCAUUUGUCACCAUUAUGUUUCAUUUAACUAGGGACCUUAAUGUGCAGGGUGGAAUUGCUCCAGAAUUACUUGUCUCUGAAGAGGGCAUGAGUUUAACCAUGGAGAAGAAGACUCGGAAGGCUGACAACCCUGCAUCAGAGUCUGAUAGCCCCACUAGCCUCAAAAACACCAUUGUUGUCUGUGUGCCUUUGCAGCCCCCCAUAUCUGACAUCUUUUACAGCCAAAGCCUGGGAUGGGCAAUCUAUUUGGAGGCAUCUUUGCCAUCAAUCCAGAUCACAUCCUUACAAACCAAUAUCCUGUUGCCUUUUGCUGGGCAUGAGGCCUAUCCAAGAGCUUUUGGGCCAACACCAUUAUCAUGGGACUGGAACAAGGUUAAGUACCCUCCCACAAACCAAGGCUUCCAAAGUGGAUUUGCACUCGCAAACACAGGCUGAAGGCACCCACGCCAAAGUGGACGGCAACUAGCUCGACUCAGCUGGUGUAGAGUGGACCUUCCUCCUUCCAGGCUUCCUCACAGGAUUUCUUAGGCUAGCCUAGGACUAUAUGGAGUUUUUAAUGUCCAAAUAGCCGGCUUUCAAUCACUAUCACAGGUCCCUUCUGUGAAAAGGAGGAAGAGAGUCAACUCCCAGAGGGAUUCAGAUACCUAAGAUUUAAAUCUGUAAGGCGUGGUAUAUGUUGAAAAAGUGCCAUCUUUUUCUCUCUUUGUCUCUUAGCUAGAGUCAAACACUGAGGGCACAUUGCCCUCUGGGGAUGCCUCCCGGGAAUGCCUCAUUUAGGCUACCCUUCACAGAAUGAAGGUGGCCUUUAAGUGGGAGGCCAAGGAUUUCUCUCAAAAGCAUAUUAGGUACAGGAGUUUUCUGGGGCUGCCUGAGUUCAAACCUCUGGCCAUUUCUGCAGUUGUGGUAGUCCUGGCCAGUGUAUUAAUAGUGCUGGCAGAUUCCCAGCUCCCUGCUCCUAGAAAUGCCAACCAUUUCUGUAUGGUCCAUGAUUCCCACAAGUACCUGUAUUAGGUUCCUGUGGCUAAUUCAGCAAUGAUGUAUUUGUGUUCCAGCAGGCGUUCUAAUGUGACCACAUCUAGAAACCCUGUUUCCAAUGACAGGAAGAGCAGAAUCCUGAAAUGCUUUGGGGAGAAGACUUGCAACUUGGCUACUCUGAUUGUCUGGGCUCUUAACUGCUGGUUUCACAUGCUAAAGCUCCAAGAGUCUCUUUCUAAGCAGCUGAGACAAAAGACAGAUGAGAAUAAGGAUGCUUAACUUAUGCAGACUCCAUUUACAGGUUGCCAGGUAUUCCAUGAAAUGCGACUCUGAUGUAGUGGAUGCAUUAUACAAGUUGACUGCUACAGGAUCUGUGGUUAGGAGACUAAUCCCCUCCCAGAAAAUAUGAAAGCAGAACACAUUGAUGCCCCCCCCCCCCCACAACAAGGACGUCUAUUUGUAGUUCCUGCAGAAAAGGUAUUUAAGAAACUAGUGGUAGAGGUGAAAACAUGCAGUCAUUCAAGAUUCCUUUCAUUCUGUUUGCUAAAUAUGUUAGACACUGCCCCAGUAAAACUUGCCCCUCUAGCCUAAACAGGAGAAGAGCAUGUCACAAAAGGUCAAGAAGGGCUUUUGCAGGAAAAAAUAGCAAGCUGAUCAGAGAGGAAGCUGAGGAGAGACCCAAACACCUUCUCAGCAGGAGCAGCUGUGGCUCAGCAAAGCCAACGCCAUCCUUUUUCUUUCCCCUCUUUUCCCACCAGCACCAAACACCUACCUUACUUUGCCAUAAAUCUCCCCUUUAAAGGUAAGAGGUAGACUAGUCACCUCUGUGUUACACUGGGAGGCCAUCAAACAAAAUAAGUAGGGCUUCAGAAUAUUAAAACAGGUGUACAGACUGCAGUUCUAUAUAAAAAAUAACAUUUAAGGCAUUCUGCAGGUUCCCACGGAUCAAAUAUGCCUCAUCCCUCCUGUGCUAAAAGACUUGAUAUCACAGAGAGCCAUAGAGAUGUUACUAGAAAAAGAAAAGUGGAUGGGAUUUUACUCCAGACCUUUCCUAGUCCCAACAAAUGAAGGUACUUGGAGGAGUAUUUCGGAUCUUUCCAAUGUGAACACAUUUCUAAAAGGUCAAAAAUUCAAAAUGCUGACCUUGCAGAGCCUUCUACCUUUACUCCAGGUAUAUGUCAAAUAAUCAAAACUUCAAAGGACAAGUACAUCAAUCAUAUGUUAUCAAAAUUCAACUUAUCUUAAAAAAUAAAACACUAUUUUUGCAUGGAGAUAAGCCCCCCCCCCCCACACCCCACAUGCUCUUAUAAUGCCAAGAUAUCACUUUAGUGGGAAAAGGGCAAAUUCCCCAAUCCCUACUGUCUUGCACAGGAAAAAGCCAGUAAUAUGCAAUGGCUUUUCUUCUAUUUGACCAAAGGAGUUCUCGAUAAAAUUAAUGAAUACCCUUUACUCUGUUCAUAAAAUCUUAUGGUCAUCCUAAACUAAAAGGUUCCUACCUUCAAAACCCCAUAACCAGGGUAGACAAGACAGACAGUGCUUGGCUUCAAGUAAUUGCCUUUUUCAGGGCAAAAUGCAUUCACAUUUAUCCUUAUAUGAAUCGUUGCUUGAUCAGACAUCAUUGAUAAUCUGGCAGGUUCUAGACAUUGCUUUGAACUGCUUCAAGUGUGUGGAACGUAUUUUAAGCCCCUCCAGAGUCACACUUUGCUCCUUUGAAAUGAGUGCUGUAUGACAUGCUAGUGGAAGCAUGCUUAUGGAGCAAAAUCCAUCUGGAAUUGCAUACUACAUUCUUCGUGAGUCUUGCUGGACACUGAACAGUAAAAAACAUUCCUUCCUUCAGACAAGUUUUUCUUUCUGUUGGGGAAAUUUCUGAGAAGAAUCAAAGCUCACAAGGAGACUUCUUCAGAGUCUUGGCAUGCAUGGCCGUCUGUAUCCUGCUCAUUUUCAUAUAUCGAUUGCAUAUAGGAAAGCUGGAAUGGCUCGUCAAAGAUGGGUGGUGCAACACACCAGUCUUUACAGUGCUGCAUUCCACUACUACCUUGCAUAUUACGGGGGAUAAACUAAGCUUGCCUCAAACUGGGGAAUACCAUUCGAGGUGCCCAGGGGGACCCAUGCACUAACCUCAGAUUCAUCUUGGGAAGGUUCUGUGGGAGAGCUGAAGGUCCAGGUACUUGGCACAAGGCCUGCAUAAGGAGUAAUUAAAAAGGAUGAUGGUAGUGAUACUGGCCAUCAAGGCAUUCAGGAUCCUGUGUCAUGAGGGAACCCUGUGCAUCCAAAUGAAGAACACCAUAGUGAUCUAGUAUGAUAGCAAAUAAGGGAGUACUCUUAUCUGUUGUUCACUGACAGUACAAGUAUGGAAAUUGGCCCAGGAGUGAGGCCCAACCAUCUCAUCUCAAGGGAAUAUGUUUGCAGAGUAGAUGAUUAGAACCAAAGCGGAUUCUGAUGUGGAUGUUGAACAUGGAUGUUCACAAGUGGAGUGUUCCAGAUGUUGAACCUUUUGCUUCUCUAGAGAAGAGACAGUUAAGCAAAUUUUACAUGAGGAUGCCAAAGGUGGGGGCCUGGGCAACAGAUGCCGUGUACAUUACCUGAAUAGUUCUGUAUACCUUUUCCUAGUAUUCUUGAUUCCCAGGAUUCUGUAGAAGGUAAAGGAGAACAGGCCACAAAUGCUGUUUUGACUGAUGCAGCAUUUCCUCUUCCUCCUGCUAAAUCUCACAAUAGUAGGACCACUUCAGUUUUGCCUCAGCUUGUGCCCUCAUAAUCCAGAAUGAAGGGUCCAUAAUCCACCUCAUCCUUAGAAUGUUAAAGCUGACAAUGUGCAUGACUUAUUACUCAUCUCUUUCAGGCAUGUUUUCUGAUGACAUGCUGUGCAUCUUGAUGGAGGUCAGGAAACCCAACACCAAGAAAUCAUACUUUGCUAAGGAGAAAAGGUUCUUACUGAGACAGACAUUAGUGCCCAUGUGCUUCCAGGGUGUCAUUGAUGCUUGCUUACCUGUCAGUCCUCUGACGACCAGUUAUGUCCUCUUAUUAAAGGUACACUCAUAAGCCGUCUCAUUGUCUCUGCCUCCUCCUGGAUUUCAAUUCCUUAAUGAUGUGCUGCAUUUGAGGCAACCCAAAAAGGAAAUCUCUCCACCAUGGGACCCAAACUUUGUUUUGCAGAAGCUCAACUUACCAUCAUCUGAGCUAGCCGCUUCCAUUGACAUCAUGUUCCUGUCCUGGCGUACUGCAUUGCUGGUAAUAUUAAUCUCUACAAGAAAGAUUUUUACCUACAGGCAGUCAUGUGUAGGGAACCUUUUCUUAUCAUUCACAAGCACAGUCACGCUACAGACUAUAGCCAUACCUUCAUGACUAAGGUGGUGACAGAGAUGACACUGAACCAGGCUAUUCACCUACUUGUAUUCUUCUCAUCACCUCCGAAUUAGAAGAAAGAAUCGAAAUUUUAUCGGAUGUCCACUGAUAACUUCAAGACUUUAUUUGAACAGAAGAAAGCACUUUAGGAAAUCUCUCCUGUAAUUCAUUUCAUUUGCCAAAGGCAAAGAGGGAAAGGCACAUUAGCAAUCAAACCAUAUCUAAAGUCAAAGCACACUGCAUCUGUUUCUGUUACUCAUAUAAUAGUAAGACAAUUCCACUUCAAGUGGGAGCUAAUUGCGUGAGAGCAACUGAGGGUGCCUCUGUCUUUGUGAGAGGAUUAGUAUCCAGUCAGUCUUGGAGAUGGCUUCCUUGUCCUCUCAAUGCAUUUUUUUUCCAGGCAUUACAUCCUAGGUAGUGUUUCCAGGGCUGUGCUUGGAUUUGCUGUGGCCAUUCAGUGGGGCCUUUUGUGACUUGCUUCCUCCAAAUGAGAGCCACACUCUAGCCAUAAGCUCUGGGAGUCUUCCCAGGAGUCAGUACUAUAACAGUGAAUAGUACAAUAAACAUAGUGCAGUUGUAUAUGAAACAUGCCAUAUUUGUAAAUGUUUGAGUAUAUUCAUUGUUGCAGCACCUUUUCCCUCUCCAUAUCUCUCUUAGAAUGGGUACCCAGGUCAGCCACGUUUUCCUUCACUGUCUGCCUCUGAUCAGGCACUUUCCCUCCUCAAGGCAUAGCAGCAUCUUUAUGAUAGCUUUGGGAGUCCUUUAUUUUCCCUCUCUGUGGGAGAUGGGUCGAUCCAGGAGUCAGGUUUGCUUUUUACCUUUGUACCGAACUGCUGUAGCCAGGGCAAGGAAGAUCAAUAGAUGUUGCUGGCUGGUGUCACUUUAUACCACUGGCAUCCUGAUGUCCUUAUGAGAAGAAGUCUGCUAGCCGAAGAAGGGAGGGAGGAUGAAAAGCUCUCAUAGCUGGGCUGACCAUCAUGCUUCUGCAGGCUGUAAGACAGACAGUUCAUGCUGAAACAGUGAAUGUACUCAUACAUUUGCAAAAAGGGUAAGUUCCUCGUACAACAUUACUUUCCUUCCUGGUUGGUGAGUAACGGAACAAGAGCUUGGGAUGUAAUAAAUAUAAGAACUGUUUGCUAUUUUCAUCUCCGUGUGGCACCAGGAACCUAAAUGGCAUGUAUCCUCCCAUAGUGGGGCUUCUUGUGCACCUCUGACAAUGAAGCUGAUGCACUGGUUUACUCCAUAUGGUGAUAAAUGGAGUUGGCAUAUAAUGUGCUUUACUGUGCAAGUACAAACCUAACAAGUAAAUGUCCUGAAAUGCUGAUCUCAGACAGCUCCUAAAGUCUAGCUGUCAUAAUCCUUGAAAAUAUGUAUAUAACAUGCUGUUUUGGGCAUGUGAAUUAAUCACUGCUCCUUGCAUUAAUCCAGGAGAUUUUCUUCUAAGACGCUUCACCUCUUUCCCCAACAGAAUAUUUGCUGUGUGUACACUUUAUGGCAGGUCUGAAAUUACCAUUUUAAGACCAUUUGCUUGAAAGUACUUCUGAAAAAGAGUUCAAAAUGCUAUCAGGCAAAUCUAAGUGAAGUUUAUUUUUCAUUAUUUGUCAUUGUGGAAAAGCCCUUCAUACCCAUGCAGAAUACUUCAACUCCUGCACCCUUGCAACUAAUACAUUGAACUACUAGGUCAUUAUAUCUUUGGGGAGGAUAAGGAGACCUCAGUCAUUCACACCACCGAACACUUUGUUUUCAGAGUGCCAGUACUUCUCAUCCAAUCCUGCAUGUACCUCCGCCUUCCUAUUGUAAAGCUUUGCACUCUCUGAAUAUUUUCUGCGAAGUGAUCAUUUGUAUGUUAUGUAUUAAUUUCUGAAGAGUAUUCAUAGUUUAAAUAGUGGUCAAGAAAUGCCAACAAAAUUCAGAACAUUUUUUGUAGAAAUGUGUAGUUAGUUAUAACGAGACCCUAUCUUACAUCUGUCUGUCUCCUACCUUUAUGUGUAACCAAGACGUGUACUAUGAAUAAGUGUUAAAAAUCAUGCCAGUUUUAGGCAUAUCCUAAUAAUUGUGUUUCCAAAUUUACUCUGGAGUUUUUAUAGUUAAGUAAUUUUUUUUUUUUAGAUAGAGUCUCUAUGACUUCUACUUCACUCAUGUUCAGGUCUUUUUUUUACACCAGAUAUGUAGAAGUGUUCUGCUUAGAAACAAAAACUGCUGUUAGACUUGGAAAUGACCAAGUGAAAGGUCAGAACAAUAAGUGCCUUAAUUGGAAAACCUGGUUAGAUUUGUUACAGCAGUAAACCUAGUUUCUACUCUGAAACUAAGCAAAAGUAACUUUUGAAGGAAGUAAAUGAUUCCAAAUAAGUGACUGUAUUUUUUUUUUUUUAUAUAUUUUUCUCUACCCCACAACUGUUGAUCUUUAAGACCCAGAUGACACCAUUACAUUCAUUCGCCAUCACCAGGGAAAGAGUUGGCUACAGCAGGAGCAUAGGCAGGGUGGGGCAAUGAGGUCAGCCACCCUAGUUGUAAGGUGUUAGUGGUCGCAGUCAAGAAAUGGCUCGGGGGGGGGUAAUGCACUACCAGCAUUCAGAAGUGAAUGCUGAAAGUGCAUUACCAAUAAGGACUGAAAUACUUCAAUGCUACUUGUGUGGUAUGUAAACUGUAGCAAGUGGUGUGUUACAGUUUAAAGAACUUUUUUUUUUUUUUUUUUGAGGAAUGUAGAACAGACCAAGUGAUUUUUUUUUCCUCUUCAUCUCAAAGAGCUGAGGUGUACUGGGCACUAGAUGAGCCAGCUGCAUCAUAACCAUCAUCCAAGCUGUUAUUAGGGAUUUUCCUUUUUAUGGCCCUUAUCCCUCACUUAGCAGCUAAUAUUCAUGUUUAUGUAUUUGAGGGGCCUGCACUACCUUCCCCUGUGAGGCAUAACAGUAUUGCACAUAUCCAUGAAAGCUACAGUGCAAAUGCAUCUUGGCAGAGUCGAGCACACUUUCCCUAGCCUAUAAAGUGCAUGUCACAUACCAACAACCCCUUCCCACCACCACCAUCAUUGGUGCCAGCUUCAUGGUGGUCUGAACUCCUUCCUACCCCCUGGAACAGUGAGAAGGCACUGCCUGCUGACACUAACCCUUCAUCAUUCCAGUCUUUCAGCUCACUGGUAGUUAGUCCAGAGUUUUCUGCAUAACAGGGUUUUAUUCCUUUGCACCAUGAAAUUUAAGUAUAAAAAUACAUUUUUUUUUUAAUUUCUUUUAGUGGUGGCUUAUUUCCAUUAAGACAGAAUGACAUGCUUAGCACAUAUUCUUAAAAGUCACUCUAU